GAGUUCAGCCCAGUUCAGUAUCUUGUCAGCGGCCGUUGCGCGAGCAUCUUCUAAAAUGUUGUGCACUUGCUUGACCGUUUUGGGCGGUUUGGCCGCGGUAGUCUAUCUAAUCUUGGUGUGGAACUUCAACUACUGGAAAAAAGCCGGCAUCAAUGGGCCCAUGCCGAAGAUUCUGGCCGGGAACCUCCCCAACAUGUGGACCCAGAAACAGCAUAUCUUUUAUGAUUUGAAGAAAAUUUACGAUGACUUCAAAAACGAACCCGUCGUAGGAUACUUCAGCGUUCGUACGCCUCAGCUAAUGAUUCGCGAUCCCGAGCUGAUCAAGGAGGUCCUCACGAAGAGCUUCCGCUACUUUGCGUCGAACCAGUUUUCCGACUUGGUCGAUGAAAAAUCCGACCCAUUGUUUUCGCGAAAUCCGUUCAGUUUGUCCGGUGAAAAGUGGAAAACUCGUCGAGCGGAAAUCACGCCGGCAUUCACAAACAACAGGAUUAAAGCACUUUCAACGCUGGUUGAUGAGGUUUGCGUUCGUUUGAGUGAUUACGUGAAGCAAAAUACGGAAAAGAACGGUUCGACAUUCGAUGUUAAAGAGUUAAUGUCCAAGUACACUACCGAUGUGGUCUCAAACUGUGUGUUUGCCAUCGAUGCUCAAUCGUUUACCAAAGAAAACCCGGAAAUCCGUGAAAUGGGACGCCGCAUCAUGGACUUCAACUUCAAAGCGCAGGUCAUCAUGUUCCUGACUACCUUCUUCCCAUCGAUCACCAAGUUCUACAAGUUUACGUUCGUAGCCCACGACGUCGAGCAGUUUUUCAUUCGAAUCAUGAAGGAUGCCAUUCGUCAUCGCAAACAGAACAACAUCGUCCGCAAUGAUUACCUCGAUCAUCUGCUGUCGCUUGAAGAGAAGAAGCAGGUUACCGAGAUCGAUAUGGCGGGACAUGGAGUGUCCUUCUUUGCGGAUGGAUUUGAAACUUCUAGUUCGGUGAUCACCUACUGUCUCUUUGAUUUGGCCACCAAUCCCGCGAUCCAGAAACAGCUCAGACAAGAGAUUCGCGAUGUCCAAGCAAACAAGGGUGGACUAACUUACGAUAACGUCGGAGAGAUGACAUUCCUCGAUCAAGUGCUGAACGAAUCUCUGAGGAUGCACGUAGUUAUACCAACGCUGGCAAAACGGUGCACCGAAACUGUUGAACUUACCUCGUCAAAGGGAAAGAAGAUCCGCGUUGAAGCUGGAACCGCCGUUCACAUUCCCUACAUGGUCCACUUCGAUUCGCAAUACUAUGACGACCCGGAAAAAUUCAAACCGGAGCGAUUCUCGCCGGAAAAUGGAGGCGUCAAGCCGUACAGAGAAAAGGGAGUCUUCUUUCCCUUUGGAGAGGGACCGCGAAUGUGUCUGGGGAUGAGAUUCGCUCUGAUGCAGGCAAAACGAGGCAUUGUGGAGAUUAUCGACAAGUUCGAGAUCAGUGUUGAUCCAAAGAUGAAGCUGCCGAUUGUAUACGAUCCGAAACCCUUCAUGCUGUAUCCUGAUGGAGGAACUUGGCUUAAAUUUAAGGUUCUUUGAAGGAGGAGUUUGACUCAACGGUAAAUGCGUUUAUGGCGUCAUUUAUAAAGUAUGUCACGCUCUACGGGGGGAGGGG